GAUUUCUCGUAUUAUCUACGAAGUACUGCUGUUUUGGAGAUUUAACUUCGUUUUAUUACAUUGCUUUUAAUCAUGGAAAGUUAUAUUGAUUGUGAAACUUUUUUCAACCACAAGCAUGUACCUGAUUUUGCCGUGAAAGAAUCGGUUAAAAUAGGCCUUACAGUAUUGUACAGUAUUAUUUUUGUGGCUGGAAUAAUUGGAAACAGUCUAACUAUAAAAGUUGCACACGUUCUUCAAAGGAAAGGAUAUCUUCAGAAGAGUGUUGCAGAUCACAUGAUCAGUCUUUCAUGUGCGGAUUUACUUGUUCUUUUACUGGGAAUGCCCGUAGAAUUGUACAGCGUGAUAUGGAAUCCAUUCUCAGCAACAUCUGGAGAUGCAACAUGCAAAAUCUAUAAUUUCCUCUUUGAAGCCUGCAGUUAUGCUACAAUAUUGCACGUUGCCACUUUGAGUUUUGAGCGUUACAUUGCAAUUUGCCACCCUUUCAAGUAUAAAUCGUUUUCUGGUUCAAGAACAGUGAAGCUGAUCUGCUUUGUCUGGCUGACUUCAUUUUUGGUAGCCUUGCCUCUCCUUUUUGCAAUGGGGGUAGAGGAUCCCUUUGAGGCAUAUGAGGACCAUCCUCACAUCCAUGCUCGCAAGCACUGUGACAUUAGAAAAUCAAACCUGACUAUUUGCACCAACCUCAGCUCCCAUCAGAUUGUGUUCCAAUUGAGUAUUUUCAGUGCCUUCAUUGUAUACGUUGUGAUACUGGUCUCAGUUGCAUUCAUGUGCAAAAAGAUGAUGAAUGCUUUAAUUGGAAUGAAGUCUAACAACACAGCUAGCAAAAACAAAGAUCAACCAAAGCCUACAAGUGCAGCCAUGAAAACGUCAAGAAAACAGAGCAUUAUAUUUUUAGUGCUCAUUGUGGUUGCCCUAGCUGUGUGUUGGACUCCAUUGCAAAUACGUCGUAUCAUGGCAGCAUCCAAAGAAAAGUCACAGUGGACAACGGUAUAUUUCAGAGCUUUUAUAACCCUAUUGCCUGUUUCAGAUACUUUAUUUUAUCUCAGCUCAGUAUUAAAUCCAUUGUUGUAUAAUCUGUCCUCUAAGCAGUUCAGGGCAGUUUUCAUGCAGGUACUACGCUGUAAGCCUAUAGAGCAUGUAAACAUGCAGACACUAAAGAGAACCCAUGCCACUAAGGGCAGCACCACUCACUCCAGAAGGUCAUUACUCCGUGUCACACUCAAAUACAACUCUUCACGCCAGAAAAGCAAUAAGGAUCUUUCGAACACAGGUGUUGAACUUGAGCCAUUGUCACAUCAAAACUGCGAGACCCGAACAACAAAGCCAGAUGGAUUUAACUCUGCCAACUCAGUUUCAGGGCCCAGCUUGUUGAACAUGAACCCAAAGCUUCCCUCCACAGAAAUCAUAUCUGAGCUACACCUAACGCAGCGGCCGAAUGGAGUCAAUGAAACUGAGAUAUGAAGCUCUUAAUAAAUGUAAAUAUAUCAAGCAAAAACCACACAGAAAUUUUUCAAAGUGCUGUCAGUGAUUUUUCCAAAAGUCAUUUU